UAGGAGGUCAAGCGCAAGUCAUUAAUAACAGCAGAAUGUAACAAUUCCCGUUUCCGGGUAGUGUCUCGAAACAAUGCCGUAGAACUGUGCAGUGCAAAGCAGAUGGAAGUACUGGAUGGUAAAUCAGGAAGUCAGCCUCUUCUCUCUGCGAACUUCUCAAAUCAGGUCUAGCAAAGUCGUCGAUUGAUGGCAAGAGAAGAAUUGCAGCAAUGUCCGUGAAAGUAGGGUUUUGUAAGUAUUACACAAACGAUAACACAAUAAUGUGGUAAGUAAAGAAUUACUCCAACACGCAGACACGAGAUAGCGCAGCUGUCAGAAUGUAAGGUGUUAGCAGCAGGCUAUAAAAUAUAGUAAAAGUUUUUAUUACCUGCAUAUAACAUUGUAACUGAUGGGCAAUUGCUUUUUGCUAUUGCUUUUCUCUGUUCUUUCGAGGUUGUUUUGCAUACGUCUGCGAAGAGAACACAUUUUGUUGUUCCGAGUUGUGUUUCGCAAAGAACAAGUUUUCUCAUGUCAGUCUCAUGUUAGUGAAUAAAACAACGUAAAUGUAAUCAUUUUAAAUAUUCCUCUUGGGUAUAUACCAUAUAGUUGCAAACAACAAUCUCCCAGUCUUGUUGCCUUGAUCUAAGAUGCAAUUUCAGGCAGGGUUAUUUCAACCAGUUUUGUUUUCCUCUGUCAGUGACUUCGGUAUUCCAGUCCAAGAAAAAAUGAGUCACGUCUGCCCUGGUAAUCUCAUUGCACUGUGGCAGAACUGUGAAAAGUGUGCUGUACACUUGCCGCAUUCUUAGCCAUCAACGGCAUUUGUAUUCACCUUUUUCUUGUAAUCUUACCAGCCUAGUAGCCUAUUCUCUGCCUCAAUACGUUGGUAUCUAAUCCUAACCUGGACAAAUCCUUCAAGGAUAAUUAAUAUUACAUUUUCAAGCAUUUCCACCUUUCAUUUUCACAGUAUAACUGAAUGUCAAAUGCUAUGGUUUGUGGUCCUUGAUGCUUAUCAUGCAUUACAUCAGGCAUAUCUCAACAAACCCUAUGCGAUUUUUUAAUAUUUGUAGAGUAUCAUUAUAUGAUGUAGUUAAUGUUUUUUUUUCUGAUAGCUAAUAUAUUCAAAUGAUAUUACUCAAUGAAACCACUCAGUACUACUAAGGCUAUGUGUUGUAGACACCAAAAAACGUUCCUUAACUGUUGUUCUGUUGGCAUGUGGCAGUUAAUAGGCUUCUGGACAGCAGCACCAUACCAUGACCAAGAUGACUUCUUCGUGAAGAGGAUGCUGUGAGCUGUGUGGAGGCCAUGCAAAUGCGAUGAAUGAUGUCUUACUGGUCUGUUGGAGUCUCAGAGGACCAGGGAGCCACAAGUAGCAUGGGAGAGCAAGAUGGCGCCGCCGACAUGGGAGCCAAACAGUCUGUCUUGGGAAACUUCUCCUUGGGCCAGUCGCCGACACUCGAGAACAUCCAGGCGGCCUACAGGGACGGGGAGAGCGGCCGAGCGCAGGAUCUGAUCAGGAUAUCCUGCAAGGAGAGCGGCGGGCUCCGGCCAGAGCGGCAGGAGCUGCUGUGUGUAGCUGCUCAGUAUGGGGAUGUGGAGAGCGUGCGAUACCUGCUGAGAGAGGUCAGGGUACCCAUCCCCCAAGAGACCGGAGAGAAGAACCCCGCCAUCCAGGCCGCUCACUCGGGCCAGCACCACGUGGUCAGAGAGCUGCUCGACUCCAUACCCUCGCAUUGUCUGCGCAGGGACCUGCUGAAUUGGAUGUUGGCGACAGCAUGCCAGCAAGGACACCUGGAGGUGGUGAAGCUGCUGGUUCUUAGUUACCAGGCCGAUGCAGAGGACUGUGCCAUACACAACAAUGAGUUUGCAGUCAUCACGGGCCUGCCAUUAUAUGCUGCAGCAAGAGCAGGCAAAAAGGAGAUCGCCACCUUCCUGCUGGAGAAUGGGGCCGGCUUCUCCUCCUACACCUUGAUGGACCACCCCGACUUCAGCCGAGAGCUGCUGCGUCAGCGCCUCCUAGAGACAACCCCCGGCGCAGAGACCAGUGGGACCACGGAGGAGGCUCUUUCAGUGCAGUGGUCAGGCCUGAAGCUGCCAUGGCUGGAGCUGGACUGGUUUAUGGAUGUGUCGUCACGGAUCACCCAUCUGGACCUGUCCAGAAACAGCUUGAGCUCCCUGCCCUCCGUGGUGCCAUGGGGCCUGAUUGAGCUGCGCAGCCUGGACCUGUCAUGCAACCAGCUCAAGGAGCUGCCCAGCACCCAGUCCUCCCAGGAGAUCAUCUGCACACGAUUACGCCACGUCAGUCUAUCUGAGAACGAGCUGGCCAGCCUGCCUCCCGGGCUCCUUCACAUGUGCCAACUCCAGAGGCUCAGCGCCGCUAAGAACAAACUUACUUCCCUGUUUGAGGUCCCUAAUGGGACCAACUGGAUAGGUCUGCGCAAGCUGCAGGAAUUGGACGUGUCAGACAACAGCCUGAGCAGCCUGCCCUCGCCAGUACUGCACUGCUUUAAGUCCCUGUGCAGCCUGAACGUCUCCAGGAACAAGCUGGCGUCCUUCCCUGACCCAUGGGCCUGCCCUCUGAAAUGUUUAAGAGCAUCCUGCAACCAAAUUGAGAGCCUGCCUGAUUUGAUCUCCAUUUUCUGGAGGACUCAUCUGAGGGAAGUGGAUUUCUCUGACAAUGCCCUCAAGGAACUGCCCUCCUACAUCUUUGAGCUGGAGGCCAUUGUGUCCCUGAGGCUGUGUGGAAAUCAAAUCUCUUCUCUGCCCGCACCCAAUAAAUGGAAGUGCUCACAGCUGAGAACACUUGAUCUGUCCAGGAACCAACUGGGGAAGAGUGAGGAAUCAACUAAAACCAGGAAGUUGGGCUUUUUCACCACAUGGCAAAGGAGAGACCCUGAUCCAGUGUCGCCCAUCCAGUUUCCAGUAAUACUGCGGGAUUCGUUGGAAGUACUGUUCUUGAACGACAACCAGCUGGACUACGUUCCCCCUUCCGUGUGUAGUCUGAAAACUCUCUCCGAGCUCUAUCUGUCCAACAACACUGGCAUUCAGGAGCUGCCCGCAGAGCUCGGCCAACUUCCCAACCUCUGGCAGCUGGACAUCGAGGACCUCAAUAUCAACAAUGUCCCGCCCGAGGUCAGGAAGGAAGGGCCAGCUGCCGUUCUGGGGUACCUGCGUGCCCACCUGAGGAAGGCGGAGCCAUGUCGGCUUCUUAAGAUGCUGGUGGUGGGGCCGCCACGGCAGGGCAAGAGCGCCCUCCUGGAGGCCCUGCAGACGGGCCGUAACGCCCAGUUCCUGCCCGCAGAGUGCAGCAUCCGCACCUCCGACUGGGAGCUGGAGCGACCCAGCAGCAUCAAGGGGGGGGUAGACUCGGUGUCCUUCAACGUGUGGGACAUUGGUGGGCCGGCCAACAUGUCUACGGUCAACCAGUGCUUCUUCACAGACAAGGCCCUGUACGUGGUCAUCUGGAACCUGGCGGUGGGGGAGGAGGCGGUGGCCAACCUGCAGUCCUGGUUAUUAAACAUUGAGGCCAGAGCGCCAAACUCAGCUGUGGUGGUGGUUGGCACGCAUCUGGAUCUCAUCGAUAGCAAGUUUCGCAUUGAGAGGAUUGCCACCCUGCGGGCCUACGUGCUGGCGCUCUGCCGCACUCCCUCUGGAGCCAGGGCCAGUGGCUACCCUGAUAUCACCUCAAAACAUCUAUAUGAGGUGUCCUGUAGGACUAUGGAAGGUGUGGAUGGACUAAAGAAGCUCUUGUAUCAAGUGGCCUGCUCUAUGAGGGACAUCAGCAGUGCAGCCAGUUGUCACAAACUGGUUGGAAGGCUGAUCCCAAAAAGCUACCUGACCCUCCAGGAGGCAGUUCAGGCAGAACGAUUGAGGCGAGACUCUGAGGACAUGGUCCUGUACCUGACCGACCAACAGCUGGAGCAGGUCAUCGAACAGAACCCCACCAGUGACAUCAAAGACUAUGAAGAUCUACAGACAGCCAUCAGCUUCUUGAUUGAAACGGGCACCUUGUUGCACUUCCCCGACACCUCUCACGGCCUGUGCAAGCUCUACUUCCUGGACGCGGUGUGGCUGUCCGAGUGCCUGGAGCGCAUCGUCCGCCUGAAGAGCUCGCGCUCCGUGGCCCCCAACGGCGUGAUCCUGGCCGAGGACCUGCGCAUGCUGCUGGUGGGGACGGGCUUCACCCAGCAGACGGAGGAGCAGUACUUCCAGUUCCUGGCCAAGUUUGAGAUAGCGCUGCCCGUGGCCAACAACAGCUAUCUGCUCCCCCACCUCCUCCCUGCCAAGCCUGCCAUGGAUAUCCAUGGCUUCCGCCUGCAAACCCACAACACCAUCCAGCGGCACUUCAAGAUGAGUUUUGUGCCAGCAGGAUUCUGGGAGCGCUUCAUUGCCAGGAUGCUGAUCAGCUUGACUGAGAUGGACCUGCAGGCAUUUGAGAACAAGAAGAAUCCAAAAAGCCACAGGAACAGAAGCACAGUCAUUUACAGUUUUGCUGGGAACCAGCAGCGGAACCGUUGCAGCACUUUCCGUGUCCGACGGAACCAGACAAUCUACUGGAAAGAAGGACUCCAGGUGACUUUUGACGGAGGAUACCUAAGCGUGGAAUCAUCUGACCUGAACUGGAAGAGAAAGAAGAGUGGGGGCAUUAAGAUCAUCUGUCAGUCGGAGAUGAGGGACUUCUCAGCCAUGGCCUUCAUCACCGAUCAUGUCAACGCCCUCAUAGAACAGUGGUUUCCUGCGCUGACGGCGAGCGAGAGUGAUGGCACCCGGCUCAUAGAGCAGUACGCUCCCUGCCCGGGCUGUGCCACCGUGGCCCGGCAGAGCGAGCCCCACCCGGCCGAGCCUGGUGCCGCCGGUGCUGUCCACUACUUCAACAUGGAGGACUGCGUGCUGGCGGCUGUGGACAAGGAGCACAUCGUGUGUCCUAACCACCCCAGCGAGCCCGUGCCUCUGCAGGAGCUGGUGCCUGAGCUCUUCAUGACCGACUUCCCCUCACGGCUGUUCCUGGAGAAGAGUGAGCUGGACUACAGCGAGGAUGAGAAGGACAUCCUUGGCCAGGGGGGCAGUGGCACUAUCAUCUACAGGGCCAAAUACAGGGGUCAGCCUGUCGCCAUCAAACGCUUCCACUUCAAGAAGUGCCGUCAGCAAUCCUUCUGCAGUGACACAGACACGAUGUUGAAGCAUCUGCAGUCGAUGGAUGCCUCGCGGAGCUUCUCGGAGUUCAGGCAGGAGGCGAGCAUGCUGCACUCACUGCAGCACCCGUGCAUCGUGCCCCUGGUGGGCAUCAGCAUCCACCCCCUGUGUUUCGCCCUGCAGCUGGCUCCGCUGGGCAGCCUCAACACGGUUCUGGAGGAGCGCACCAAAGGCUGUCAGUACAUGCCCCUGGGCCAUAUGCUGACCUUCAAGGCGGCCUAUCAGAUCGCGGUGGGGCUGGCCUACCUGCACAGGAAGAACAUCAUCUUCUGCGACCUCAAGUCUGACAACAUCCUAGUGUGGUCCCUGGAAGUGUGUGAUCCGGUGAACUUCAAGCUCUCGGAUUACGGAAUAUCACGGCAGUCGUUCCAUGAGGGGGCCCUGGGGGUAGAGGGAACGCCAGGAUACCAGGCCCCAGAGAUCAGACCAGGGAUAGUCUACGAUGAAAAGGUGGAUAUGUUCUCCUACGGCAUGGUUCUGUACGAGCUGCUGUCGGGUCUCCGGCCUGUACUCGGGCACCAUCAGCUGCAGAUCGCCAAAAAGCUCUCCAAGGGCAUCCGGCCCGUGCUGGGCAGCCCGGAGGAGGUGCAGUUCUACUGCCUGCAGGCGCUCAUGCUGGAGUGCUGGGACACCAAACCAGAGAAGCGUCCUCUGGCCAUGCCGCUGCUGAGGCACAUGCAGGAACCCAGCUUCCCCUGCUGCAGGUACCUGUUGGCCUGCGAGAGACACCGCCAGCUCUUCCUGUCCACGCAGCAGGGCCACAGCGCAGUCUUCUGGGAUGGGGAGAUGGACGACAGAAACUACACUGUGGUGAAUCUAGCCAAAGGUCAAGUGGAAGUGAAACGAAUGCCCUGCCCAGGAAUGAGGCUCAGUUGUCAAAUGAAGAUGGAGAACACUCUGUGGACGGCGACUGAGGAGCAGGAGGUGCUGAUCUACAGUCUGAAGGAGAUGUGUCCCCUCAGCCAGCCCCAGAAGCGCCUCUCCUUCCCUGCCGUGGUCACCUGUCUCUUCCUUGUACCUGCCCAAAAAGAGACACUACCGCUGGUGUUUGUAGGCAUGGCCGAUGGCCUGGUGUCCGUGCACACGCUGGUGGACGACAUGCCGACAGACGGGGAGACGUACCUCUGCUCCCACUCCCUCAACAAGUCCGAGUUCGGCCUGAGGGACGACGACCCCCGGCAGAAUCCCUACCCGGUGCGCUGCAUGGCCCAGGUGCGCAGCGGCUCGGAGCUCUGGUACUCCAACGGCCCGGGCGUCCUGGUGAUCAAGUGCCCCAGCCUGCAGGCCACCCGCCGGCUGGACCCCUACCGCCCCCCGUCCAGCGUGACGUCUCUGGUCUGCUCCCCCAGCUGCUGGGGGGACGAGGCCGUGUGGUGCCUGGACGACCUCACCAACACGCUGCUCAUGUACCACGCUAGCAGCUACCAGCUCUGCGCCAGCUACCACUGCGGAGACGGCAACCCCCUCCGGGACGUGUUCCCCAUCCAAAGGCCAGCGGGGAGGACGGCGGCCCUGCCUCGCCCGGCCUCGGACAGGGACAGCUCAGGGGAAGAGGAAGAUGAAGAAGAAGAGGAGGUACCCGGUGAGGGUGACCCCGUAGUGGUCAUGCACAGCGAGGAUGCUGGGACGCAGAUCCUCCGCAGGGACGACUCGCUGACGGACUACUGCUCCUUGUCCACGUCCGGCUUCUUCUCGGAGCCGGGGGAGGGGGACACGGAGCUGCUGGAGCGCUCUAGCUCUGGCGCCCUGAGCUCGCUGGCCAGCACCUCCAGCAUGCCCUUCUCUACCGACACCGAGGACACCUCCACCGUCCCCUCCCCCGUCACCGAGACACCGGAGCCCCCCACCCAGAACCACUCCCCUCCCCACCUGCAGGCCCUCACCGUACUGCCUGUUAGCGACACAGUGUGGGUCCCCAGGCGUGGAGGGGACAUCAUGGUGAUCGAGGUGCAGGAGAAUGGUGGCCUGCUUAGAGGCCGUGUCAUCGCCGUGCUCAGUGCCCCAGGAACACCGCAACAUGGAACCCUGGUAGAGGCAGCGCUGGUUGCAAAGGACACUGUUGUGUGUGGCUUUCGCAACGAAAACAUGGAGUGGUGCCUGGCUGUCUGGAGGGGCUGGGGAGCCAGAGAGCUGGAAGUCUUCUACCAGUCCUACGAGAAGCUGGGAAGCCUGGAGACCAGCAUGCGAAAAAGAAGGUAGCCGUUGUGCGCGGCGCAGAAUCAGCGCUCUGUGAGAGUCCCCCUCUCUGGCUUGGGGGAAUAGCGCGCUCACAGGCCUCAGUGUUCCCUGGAAGCCGGGGGCUUGGCAGCUCUGACAUCAGCACGCGCUCUGGCCCUGUGGAAGGGGGGGAGGUUAGAGAGAGGGGGCUACAUUGACCCUGCCCAACACCGCCGUAGCUGUUGGCUCUAGGGUCCUGGGAGUCUGUCAAAAGCACAUGUGUAGCUUCCCAAGCGACGGCCCCCCCAGAUGCCUGUGACAGCUCCUGAAGGGCCAGCUCAGUGGAGAAGGAGCAUUAGAGGACAACGAGACACACGAGUCUGAAACUGACAGGACUGUGUGGCCUUUCGUCACAACACAACACAGAGAGUCCAUCUGCUAAAAGGAGAUAUGCGUGUGUGUGUGUGUGUGUGUAAGAGAGAGACACACACACACACACAACAUAAGCAGAUAGAGCCUUUGACCGCCUUUGUGGAUUAAUCCACAGAGGGAAGGUGUGUAGAAGAGGUCAAGCUUGGGGGAAACCAUGAAGAAUUUUCAGCUUUAAUGAAAGUGGAAAUCUAAUGGUGGAUUAUAAUGCAGACAUUAAGGGGCUUUUAUCAAAAAAUUUUACUCUCUUUCAAGUGGAGUUAAAGGUGUAAUUUUUAGUUUUUGAAAUGCUCCUAGACUAACAGUAAUGGGGUAAUUCUGAAUCCAUCUAAAAAGAUAGUAUUCCCUACUAUUGUGUUUUAUGCUCCUCAAUUCUUAGCUUCAGAUCAUCUUAAUUUACAUAUUUAUAUUUUUCAUAGUCUGAAUAAUGUAAGCAAAGUCUAUACAAGAAAUGAAGUAAAAAAAACUAUUCGGAACAUGACCUUUUUUAUGAUUUUUGACAGGGGAAUGGUACCUUUUAGAAUUACCUCAUUGGAAGUCUACAAGCAUUUUUAUUUUAUAACAAAAACAGCAUCAUUAACAUUUCAGUAUGACUGGCAAAUGUUUUAAUAUAACACAACCAGCAUGAUUGUGAUUACUAUAUGCAAUGAGCUACACUUUGUAAGCGUUGUAAAAUAUAGAUUGUUGUAAGAUAGUAUGAUUUAUUCAGAAAUCUCAUUGCAUGUGUAAAUAAAUAGGUUAUGUUAUUGUACAUAAGACAUUAAACAUAAAACAAGAGAACAA